GUUCUCCUUUCUUUUCUUCAUGGUUGCUCCUUUCCCUGACAAAGACUUUCCAAUUGUGAUUGGUAUUGACUUUGGUACCACUUUUUCAGGUGCUUCCUAUGCAUAUAUGAAUGAUAAUGAGAUUACAGAUAUCAGUAAAUGGCCGGGUCAACCCGAUUACAGUUAUCCCAAGUGUCCUACUAUUUGUCUUUACAAUAGAGAUAAUAGUAAAUUGAUUCAAUGGGGUCGAUCAGCAAAAGCCAGUAAAUCGAAAUUACCAAAUGUGACUGUACUGCAACAAUUCAAGCUCUAUCUGGAUGAUAGUCUUGAAGGUGUUGUAAGGCAAUUGCCUCUUGAUUUGACAGCCACCGACAUUAUUGCAGACUAUCUUGAAAAGUUUUUUAGUUAUGUCAAGAUAGACAUGACGAAAAAGGGAUUUCAUCAGGGAUUUGAGAAACAAGCUCGGUUUUGUUUGACUGUGCCUGCUAUGUGGUCAGAUAAAUCAAAACAAAUCAUGCGAGAUGCCGCCAUUCAAUCAGGCUUGAUUCAAGCAACAGACCAUCGCGAUAGACUCAUGUUGAUUUCCGAACCUGAGGCAGCCGCUCUCUAUUGUGAAAAGACAUGCGAUAAAUUCAACAUGCAACAUGGUGAUGAGUUUAUGAUUUGUGAUGCAGGUGGUGGUACUGUCGACUUGAUUGUCUUUCGUGUUGAAAUGGAUGCCAAUGGUAAUCGCAAGUUUAGAGAAAGUACGAAAGGCAUUGGUAAAUCGUGUGGUUCGACUUUUAUCGAUCGAAACUUUAGAAAGCACUUGAGAAAAAAGCUCAAGAAAGUCGUUCGUCGUUCACCUAAUGGAACCAUUGAGAUCCCAGAUGCUCCUUUAGACCAUAUGAUGGAUAUCUUUGUAGAUAACUUGAAGCCAUUGUUUGAUGGUACAGACGAUCUUUAUUCUGAUAUCUCUAUGGGAUUCGAUUUGAUUACAAAAACAGAGCCUUCCAUUGGACUAGAUGAAGGCAACAUGACAUUCACUAAAGAAGAAUUGAAGAAACAUGUCUUUGAUCCUGUUGUAUCAGAAGUAGUCCAACUCUGUCGCGAUCUUCAAAAGGACACAACGAAUCUCAAGGCCAUUUUUAUGGUGGGUGGGUUUGGUGCAUCUUCUUAUCUCUAUACAGAGAUGGAAAAGGAAUUUGCUCCUCAAAACAUUCGUAUUGUUCAACCUGAUCGACCAGAAAUGGCUGUGGCUCGUGGUGCUGUUAUUUUCGGUAUGCACCCAAACAAAGUGGCUACCCGUAUUCCUCGUUUCUGGUACGGGAUUGAGAUCACCAACAUAUUUGAUCCUGCCAUUGAUCCUCCUGAAUAUAAAGUGACAAGACCAGACGGAAGUAUACGUUGUGAUAAUCGAUUUUCUACCUAUGUAGAACGUGGAAAACCCUUAGAUAUUGAUAGCUGUAUUUCACGUAAUUAUACCACUUAUUACCCAAGCCACACUGCUUGUACAUUCUAUGCUUCUGAUAGUGAGACUGAACCAAGAUAUACCAUUUCAACCCCCACAGUCAAUGUACGAAAAGUGUUUGAUUUUGAAAUUCCUAUGCCGGUCUUGCCUAACGUAAGACACGGUGAUCCUGUUCCUUUGACUAUCAAGAUGUAUUUUGGUGAAGUGGAACUUCGUGUGGAAGCAGUGAUUGAUGAUCAAACUUAUGCUGUUGUUUGUAACUUUAAUGCUUAAAUAAACUUUAAUUAUAUUCAGGA